AUGGAUUUCUGUGGCACAGACACUGGUGACGGCUGUGGUCGUUCUUUUCCGAACAAAUCAUCGCCUGGCCUUUGUGCGAAGUGCACCAAGCUCGCGAGCCUCAUGGCUUCAAACAGUGCGAAUCUUGUGGAAUCGCUUGGAAACAUCUCGACACCUCCAAGUGUGGACGUUGUGUUAGUGGAAUGGCGCCUAACCUUUCUGUUGUCGACCCACCACAACACCGUCGAGGUAUCGCAUGCUGCCCGAUCUCAUGCAAUGGAUGCUCACUUGAGGAAGCAACCCGUAGCUCAGCAGCUCCAUACAACGGCUGGAUUGACGGCCGCUAAGAAUAGCAUGGCUGCAAUGACAGAGAACAAGGUGUUCAUCACGGCUCAGUGUCGCAUCAAGAGCGCAUCGUUGAAAGACCAGAAGAAUACAGAUCCCACCUUCGGUCAGUGGGGAAAACCAUGGUCUCAAGAUGUGUACCUGUCAGGUGAAAUGGCACAGUUUUACGCCGCUCCCACUUCUGGCACCAAAAAAGCAGCCGGCGCACAACCGCCACUAUUCAUGGCUCUCGAGUUAUACAUUGACCAGCCUAAGAGAAGUGCAACUACUAUGGAGGCUAACGAUGUACCACUUUACAAGCGCCCUUCGACUUGUGAUGCAGGUGGUGCGCUCGAAUCAACAUUUGUUCGAACAAAUCACACCUAUGUGGCCAUCGAUGCAUCUGUUGUUCAGCUUAAGAAAGCUGUUACGACGUGUAAUGCAGAGACUGGUGAGGUCAAGAUAGUGUGGCCGGACAAUCUGGCGGCAUGCGGCGGCAUCCUUGGGAAGGAAAUUUUUGCGCAUGGUGCCACCAAAAAUGUGUACAAGUUGUCGAUUGGUUCUGACCUAUAUGUAGCAAAGAGAUUCUUUGACGUUGGUUCUGGUAGAGAAGUGAUGGCGGAGGAGAAUACAGCUAAUCUAGAGAAUGAGCUGAUUCGUUUGAAAAUGGUUGGGUGGUUCCUUCAUAAAUUUAAAGCUCUUGCCAAGGAACACAGUGUAGAAUUCUCAUCAGAGCAUUGUCGCACCAAGGCUGUUCGGAAGUACAGCGGAACACUGGUUCAUCCAAAUCGCCAAGACAAACUUGGACAGACACUGUCCGUGUUCGCCCACUUUCUAUAUGAAUACAGCAGAAAAGAGCUAGUUCUUGCGGACAUCCAAGGUCAUCUCACAGCUUCAUAUCCGCACAUACAAGACUAA